AUGACCGUUGAAACCGUAGACCUUCAAUCCAAGGUUAACCCUGAAGUCGGGGCUUUACCUACUGCAUUUCCGGCAUUUCUGUCCACCAACAUUAUAGACCUUUUCCUUCUUAAAGGGAAGGCCGCAGUUGUCACCGGUGGUAUCAGGGGCAUUGGUUUUGCUGUCUGUGAAGCCUACUGUCAGGCUCAAUUGGAUCAGUUGGCAAUCAUUGACUAUUCACCUUAUGAUGAAAAUUUGCGACAAUUACAGUCUCGGUAUCCCAAGACCGACAUAAGAUUCUAUACCGUUGAUGUCACCAAGGCUGCACAAGUCCAACGUGCUAUUGAAGAAAUUGUUUUGGAGUUUGGAAAAAUCGACAUUUUCGUUGCCAACGCCGGAAUUGCUUGGACUUCUGGUGCCUUAAUUGACCAAGACAGUGACGAUGAAUGGCUUAGAGUUAUGGAUGUUGAUGUUAAUGGGGUCUACUACUGUGCUAAACAUGUCGGCAGACAAUUCCGGAAGCAAGGGUUUGGGUCGCUUGUAAUGACUGCGUCAAUGUCUAGUCAUAUAGUAAAUGUGCCCAACUUCCAAGCGUGCUACAAUGCUGCCAAGGCUGCUGUCAGACAUUUAGGAAAGUCAUUGGCUGUCGAAUGGGCUGCCUUUGCUCGAGUGAACUCGAUCUCUCCCGGGUAUAUCAAUACCGAAUUGUCUGAUUUUGUCCCAGAAGACAUUAAAAGUACUUGGUACCAAUUGACUGCAAAAGGUAGACAAGGAACUCCAAAGGAAUUGGUAGGUGCAUAUCUUUAUCUUGCAUCCGAUGCUGCUAACUUUACCACUGGUACCGACAUUAUUGUUGAUGGAGGUUAUUGUUCCACCUAA